UUCGGGCAAUGUCAUCGGUACGGAGAUAUUCCAGAUCAAAGAUGCGCCAGGUUAUAUUCCUGGAAAGGUUACCAUCCUGGUCCUCUUCAUUGCACAGUUCGUGGUAUCCUUCAUCUUGCGCGCAAUCAACAUUAGGAGGAACGAGCGCAAGGCGCAGGAGGUACAAAUCGAGAAGGAACGUCGUGGAUGGUCUGAUGCAGAUGUGAAACGCGGGCGCGAGAGGUGUGCAUUCCUGGAUAUGACCGACAGAGAGUGA